AUGGCCUCGCAGCAUUCUCCGCCCACAGAGCCCUCGUACCGAAUUCUGGAAUCAUUCCCAGACGAAGAGACCCCGUUGAUUCCUCAUACCCAAAUCUCUUCCGUCGAACUCAAGAGUCCUUCCCAUUCACCAUGGGUCACGGAAACGAUCGUCCUGGUCAAAGCAUCGGUGCCAGUCAUACUGGCAUACAUGCUCCAAAACAGCUUGCAAACAGUAUCCGUCCUUAUGGUCGGCCGUCUGUCUCCCGAAGCUCUCGCAACGGCCGCGUUUUCUUACAUGUUCGCCAUGGCAACAGCAUGGCUGAUCGCUCUCGGCGGAACGACUGCCAUCGAUACACUUGGCUCGAGUACAUUUACUAGCUCCAAGAAUAAACAAGAUUUAGGGACACUAUUGCAGAGAGGGUUGAUAGUCUUGACGGGCUUUUACGCAGUCGUUGCCAUCAUAUGGUGUUUCUCUGGAUACAUAUUUCGCUCUCUUGGACAAGAGGAGUUCAUUUGUGUCCAAGGUCCCAGAUUUCUGCAACUCUUGAUCCCUGGUGGCCUGGGAUAUGUCUGGUUCGAGGCGAUGAAAAAAUUCCUCCAGGCACAAGAGAUUUACCGACCAGGAACUUACGCACUCCUCGUCAUAUCUCCCCUCAACGCUCUUCUUAACUGGUUCUUUAUCUACACCCUUGACUUAGGCCUCGAUGGAGCCCCCAUUGCCACUGGUAUAUCAUAUUGGCUAUGCUUCUUUGCCCUCGUUGGGUACACAUCAUUUGUCAAGGGUUCGGAAUGCUGGGGUGGCUUCAACCUUGGACAAGCACUCCAACAUCUUGGACCCUUUGCGAAGCUUGCAUUCCUGGGCGUGAUCCAUGUUGGGACUGAGUGGUGGGCGUUUGAGGUUGUAGCUCUUGCUGCUGGACGUCUCGGAACCAUACCUCUUGCUGCACAGUCUGUCGUUAUGACUCUAGAUCAGAUCAUCAACACCAUUCCCUUUGGACUUGGUGUUGCGGCAUCCUCUCGCUUGGGCAAUCUCUUGGGUCUUGGGGACGCGGUUCAAGCUCGGAUAUGCGCGCAUUCAGCAGCGCUCCUCUCCAUCCUUUUCGGAACCAUUAUCCUAACCAUCCUACUAUGCACCAAGAAUGCCAUCGCUAAGCUAUUUAACGAUGACGAAGAGGUUGUAUCACUCGUCGCGCACAUCAUGCCUUAUGUAGCGCUGUUUCAAAUCGCUGAUGGUCUCAAUGGAAGUUGCGGAGGAGCCUUGAGAGGAAUGGGAAGACAGUGGGUCGGGGCUCUAGUCAAUUGUGUCAGUUACUACGGAGGUGCGCUUCCAGCAGGUAUCUGGCUUGCGUUUCAUGGAUGGGGGCUUUCUGGACUUUGGGUUGGACAGUGUGUGGCCCUGUUCCUUGUGGGCGCUUUGGAAUGGAUUAUCAUUGCCCUGUGUAACUGGAAGAAAGAAGUCCAGCGAGCGUCCGAUAGGAUCAGAGUCGAUGACCAGGAUUAG